UGAAUUUUUUAAAAUCCAAAUGAGUCUUAAAUACGCAGUGAUUUUUUUAAGAAAGGUGUGCGUGUGCUGAUCUAUACAAGCGAAUACAAUAUCCAAUCGCAAAAAUGGAGAAACUUAUUCUGGAAUUGAUUUUUACAAUACUUUGUCUUCCUCUGGCGUCGGCGGCUUAUUGCUACUACUAUUAUUACAGUGGUUACUACUGCUACUACUAUUCCAGCUACGACAGUGUGGGUACAUACGUUGGUGCGGUCGUUGGGGGAAUAGUGUUCCUUAUCGUAGUAGCUGUAGUCGUCGUGUGUAUCUGUGCCGCUAAAAACGCCCAGAGGAACCGCGUGGUCACGAUGCAUGGGGGCGGAGCCACAGUGACUAAUGUCAAUAAUGUCAACACAAUUCAGCAUCCUCCCCCACCAGCAGGUUAUGGCUAUGGAGCACCCCCUCCCCCUGGAUAUGGUCCUGGAUUCGGGCAAGGAUACAGCCAACCCUCUCAGUCCAUGUUUAACGAUCCCGCCUAUCCCCCUAACCAGUACCCUCCCCCAAAAUAUUAAAUUACUUAUCGGCACAUACAACAUUUAAAUUCAUGUUAUGUGUCGCAAGAUGAAAACUUGUGGUGGAUAUUAUGAAAGUAUUGAAAUGAACAAUUUCUGUAAACAGCCCUAGAAAACCUUGUAGCAACAUCUAUCAUCGGUCAUCUUGCGUAGAUUUUUUUUAUUUUCUUUAUACCAAAUUAAAGUAGUUAGGUAAAAGAGCACAGUGAAUGGAACUUCCCGUGAUCUGAAUUUUUAUUUACGAUUUGUACAAUUUUAACUACUAGUAGAUGUUUAAACCAAUUGAAGAGGGUUAUUCGUCCGAGUUAAAAAUCAUAAACAUAUCGUCGUCAAUAUAACAAAGGCCUUUCAAACUCAAACAUUAUUGCAGUAAACUUUACUAUCGAGGAAGCCUUUGCAUUUUCUUUCAACUAAAGAAGACUAAAGUUUUACAAACGAGAGAGAGAGAGAGAGAGAGAGAGAGAGAGAGAGAGAGAGAGACACACACACACACAUACAGAGAGAGAGAGAAACAGAGAGAAAGAGACAGACGGACAGACAAACAGAUAGCUAUUAAAGAAGGACAAUUAGAGUAUCAAUACAAAAACAUAUCUACGUCAGUAAGAUAUUACACAAAUUUUGCAUACACUCCGAAUCUCCAAUUGGUUAUUUACUUCCCAACAUUAUAUUCCAAAGAAAUGUAGGUAACAUUUUAUUUAAAAUGAAAAUAUAUUUUGGGGAGCCAAGAUUUUUCAUCUAAUGCUUUUAAAAACAUGUUUGUGCUGAGAACUUAAUUCAUUGACACAUCCUGUUACCUAAUAGUUGUUUAUUACUUUAUUAACACCAUUUUUAAUAUACCUGAACAGGUCCUUUUUGUGUUGUUUUGUUAAUUGUUUAUGUGUACUUUGUUUGGUUUUUUAUCACUUUUGUUCAAGAUAGCUGGAUGGUCAACAAGUUUGCCGUAGGAUUCGCCAUAGAGUCUGACAUAUGGCAUUUAAAAAGCCGUCUUUUUGUGAAGAAAUAUAUCAGAUAUGUUGACUGUAAAGUUUCAAUGUUAUCCUAUAUCUUUAAAUAUAUCUCUUCCUCCAAAGGAUGUUGAUAUAGUCUACGAUAGUCUCCACCAUCCAGCUCUCUUCGAACAUGACAUUGGAAUUGCAUACACUGCAAUUUUUAAUAAGAAAUUACUUUGAUUUAUAUAUUCUUUUUUGUGAUUUAAUACAACGUUUUACACCAUG